AUGGUGCUGGACAACUGGACAUCCACAGGUGCAGGAAGCUGUGUGGAGACUCUGGAAAAAAGGAAUCAUCCUACAGUAGUUGUAAGCGAAAAGUUGGUGAACAAUCAUCAGCUGGAAUUGGCAAAGCAACCAUACGGACAGCAUCUCUUCUGCUGCCCCUGCAGCAUGCUUCCUGGGCUGUGUCAGUCCAUGGUGGAGACACUGAGAUGUCUUCCUCCUGGCCAGCCAGAAAAAUUUUCUGCAUUUUUGGAUAAAGUUGUUAAAUUACAAAAAUAG